UGGUGAGUGACUGAUAAGACAUUGCAAAUGAUGACCAUAAACGUGUUCUCAGUCAAGUUUAUAUCCUACAUCUCUUCUAUCUGCUCAUUAAAACGAUGCCGUGUCACAAGACAAAGACUGGCGAGCGUUUAAAAUUCAACUACGCAACAAAGGGAUUUUCUUUUUAAUCAAAAUGAAAAUAAAGCGCGUCUGGAAUCUCCAGGUCAAAUAUAAAACGGAUAGAAUGUUUGAAAUAUAAACAAACAUCCUAGCGAAAGCAUAGAAGUCCAUUGCGCAACUCUGGAGUUUUUGAGAGUCACAUGUCCCGAGUUGGAAAAGGUGGAUUCCAGUUCUUCUGAUGCAAUGCCCUCUUUGUUUGUCGAGCUCAUCGGAGUAAAGCGAUCUCUGCUUCAGAACUUCAGUCCGUUGCUGAUCGUUGCAAACAGCUUCUGAAGGUUUAACUGUAAACAAGUCAACUCAACCCCACAGAAGUUGGGUCCCUAUAUUUUCACAGAAUGAAUAACAAUAGCAAACUCGAGACUGAAGAACUGCUUACUUGUCUUCAUAUCCAUCUCUUCCACCCUAACCAAGUCAGCCAUCCACUCUUCCAUAACCUGCCCCUAAAUCAGCCGUACAGAAUGGACGCUGAAGAUCCACUAAGGCUUGGUCGUGAUGGGCAGACCUGCAUCUUCGCCCUAAACGACACCUCUGUCUCCAGGAAACAGCUCUCCGUGCAAGCGUAUAAGAAAGCCGGCAGCCCGUUCUUGAGCUUCAUGAUCCAGAACCUGAGCCAGAAGGUCAAGCUCCUGGUCGGCGGGUCUGAACUGAGAUACCUUGAAAGAGCUGAGCUUCAUGACAAGGUGCUCUGCCGCUUUGGAAGAUAUGAACUGCUGAUUUGGCAGGAACCAGGAGAUUCUGAGAAUAAAUUUGAGGUCCUGUUUGAAACAUGCAAUGCACCCCCUUCACAGGAAUUGGGCAUAGAUGUGCCAUGCAGAACACCUGUCAUGGAUACCCUCAUGCCAUGGAGAAACAUUUUAGAGAAUGGAUCACCUUUAAGCCAAGAGCCACUGGAGUCAGAUGAGACAGUUGUUUUAGUAUAGAUACUUUUUGGACAAAGCUCUGCAAGAAAGCAGACAACGAGUAUUUAGAAUUUGUAUUUUGUCAUUAUUACUGACACUAUUUUAUUAAAGCAGUCAGCACAUCUUGUAGGUAACAGAAUUAGAGCCAAAACUAUGCUACAAACAUUGUUAUGAUUUCUUCUGCAAUGCCACAGAACCAGUUUUGUUGCCUGCUGUCUUUGUGUUCUUUAGUACAUAUUUUGCUGAAUUUUAUUGGAAUUAUUGUCACACAUUUGCUUAAAAGGUGCUUUGUUUUUUCUCUUCAUUAUCGUAUGUUCAUUGCAUAAGUGCUUUUAGCCAAUGUUUUAAUAUAUUAUAUUUUUUAUUGUAUUGUAUUGUUUUUGUACUGACUGUUACUUGCUAAAAUGUAUAUCAUCAGCAUUUGAAAAAAUGUGAAAUUAUGAUUGAAGGGUAAUUCAUAUACUUUCAUUAUAUCUAAUAAAAUUAAAUAAGUAAAACCUUUUGAAAAGGUUUGUUUUGCACGUUUAUGCUGUACAAAAACCAAAGUACACGGUUAUUACAAGAUAAUAUUUUAAAAAUGAAAAAAUUGCUUCAGUACAAUGACUAUAUAAAAGCUAAGAAACAAUGUGCUUUCUUUCUGUGAUGGACUGGCCAUCUGUCUAGGUGUUUUCCCUGUCUGCAACCCGAGACACUGGGUCAGGCUGAAUGGAUGAAUGUGUUCACACUUGAUACUUUUCUCACACAUUAGAAAUGAGUUUCUAUGUAGCUGCCUUUGUAUUUUAGAAAAGGGCUCCCACAAAAGGGCAUAUAGCAGAUAUUUUACAGUACGUUAUGUCAGUGGUGAAGAAACAGAUUCGAAACUCUGAUGUAACUCUCACUAGGAGCGGCAGUAUUAAUCUUUUUAAUACAUAUCUUCAUGUAGCCUAUUAUUAAUAAAAAAAUAUAAUAUUAACUUCAGCCAAAGCUUGUUAAGCAAAAGUCCCUCCGGCAUUAGAUUGUACAUAAUUGUAUGGCUCUGAAUUAGUUUUGUAAUAGUUUUAAUGGAUCUACAAUUUAAAAAAUCAUAAAGUAUA